GGCCUGGCAACACCCCUGCUGGGAGGCCCAUGUCUAGCGAAGGGCCAAAGCAUCCAGUUUGAACUGACCACGGAGGCAGCAGGGACAUCAUGGAGGCCCCUCGGGGAUGGCUGGUGGCCUGUGUGCUGGCUGUGACCCUGGCCUCCAUGUUGACUGAAGAUGUCUGCCGAGCACCCAAUGGGAAAGAUGGGGCUGCAGGAAAGCCGGGCCGCCCAGGGAGGCCAGGCCUCAAGGGGGAGCGAGGGGAGCCAGGAGCCCCUGGCAUCCGCACAGGUAUCCGAGGCCUUAAGGGCGACCAGGGGGAACCUGGGCCGCCUGGCAUACCAGGCAACGUGGGUUUCCCGGGGCCUAGUGGGCCCUUUGGGCCCCCGGGUCCCCAAGGACCAAAGGGCAUCAAAGGCAAUCCAGGCAACAUCAGGGACCAGCCCCGGCCGGCCUUCUCCGCCAUUCAACGGAACCCACCCAUGGGCGGCAACGUGGUCAUCUUUGACACAGUCAUCACCAAUCAAGAAGGCCCGUACCAGAACCACUCGGGCCGCUUUGUGUGUGCUGUGCCUGGCUUCUACUAUUUCACCUUCCAAGUGGUCUCCAAGUGGGACAUCUGCUUGUCUAUUGUGUUCUCCUCCCGAGGCCGGCUCCUGCGUUCUCUCGGCUUCUGUGAUGCCAACAGCAAAGGGCUCUUCCAAGUGGUGUCAGGGGGUACCGUGCUCCAGCUGCAACGUGGAGACCAGGUGUGGAUCGAGAAGGACCCCUUGAAGGGCCGAAUUUACCAAGGCCCUGAGGUGGACAGCAUCUUCAGUGGUUUCCUCAUCUUUCCUUCUGCCUGAGCCGGGGACACCCUCCCCACAUUCCACCACACCCCUCUCUCUGCCUCUAGGCUCUGCUCUGUUAAGUGAAGGGACUGAGGCCUUUACUGCCCACACAUGGGCUGGUUCUGAGAACCCCAGGGACUGAUAUCUCUCUGCACACUGUCUAAGGGUUCCUUCAAGUGCUUUCUAGAAUAAAUACUGGAUCUUUGUCUGUG